UGUGAGCAACAAGAAGACUUUUCAAUGUGCGCGGUGGCACAUGUGACAUUCACGAACCUCAAGUGCCAGAUGAUUGACCGGCGGUUCGGGCUGUUUGAAAUGUGCCGGAUCAAGGCAGUGAAUCGAACCCACAAAUAUAUGGAUAUCUACGCAAAGAUCUACAAGUUGCCCGUGGAUAAUAUAACUUGCCAAAUCCUUCCCAUGCGUCAUGAUCAUGGCUAUAGGCCGUUCUUCAUGAACCUGACCUUUGAUUUCUGUGGGUUUUUCAGGAGUCUAAGGACCGAGCAUGGCAUCAGGGAGAUCCUGCUCCAAGAACUCUUCCAGACGGUCAAGCAGUUCACGAACCUGAACCACUCGUGUCCCUACAAUCACGAUUUGGUGAUCUCCAAAAUGUGGACCGGCAAUCUGGAGACGCGAUUCCUGCGGUAUAUUCCCUUGCCCCAAGGGGACUACAGCCUCUCCUUCUACUGGUUCACCGUCGGCGUUCAUCGAGCGACUGUCCGAGUGUACUUUAGGCUAACCGGCGGCUAA